ACACCUCACAGUGCUUCAAGUGACAUGUUUUCAUUUCUAUUCGCUUAUAAACUCAAUCUACCCUCGCAUUUCCUGCCAUAUAAUUAAAGUAUCCGGUUGUACCCCAUGGUGAGGGUCCGCUUGUUUCCACCUCCUUCACCGAGGGAGGGAGGCAGACUGCUCCUGGCGCUUUGGGAUUGUUUAUUUAUUUAUUUAUUUUUUUAUUCUCUUCCUCAGUGUACCUGGGAAACACCGUGCAGUGCGGUUGUGUGUGUGUGUCCUCUUUUCAUUUAAACACCAGGGAACGGGACCACAGAGGAACAGGAGGUCAAUUAAGCUGUUUUCAUGCAUAGAGAAGAAUAGAAAGAGGAGGAAAGAAGGAGAAAUGAAGAAGGAGGAAAAAGAAGAAGGAAGGGAAGGAGGAAGACGAGAAGGAAAAGAGGAAAUAUUAAGAAGACAAUAUUUUCACUGAAUUUCCAGCGUUUUAAAGGCAGCAGACGAGCAGUAAGGAGAGGCUGAGAGAAAGAGAGGAAGGACCGCGUACUUUGCUGUGCUCCCAGCCCAAGGCAAGCAGGCACGUGCCCACACUGCCACACUCCCUGCACGCCCACAGGGCCACAGGCAGCAGACGAGCCGCAAGUGUACCUGGGAAACACCGUGCAGUGCGGUUGUGUGUGUGUCCUCUUUUCAUUUAAACACCAGGGAACGGGACCACAGAGGCACAGGAGGUCAAUUAAGCUGUUUUCAUGCAUAGAGAAGAAUAGAAAGAGGAGGAAAGAAGGAGAAAUGAAGAAGGAGGAAAAAGAAGAAGGAAGGGAAGGAGGAAGACGAGAAGGAAAAGAGGAAAUAUUAAGAAGACAAUAUUUUCACUGAAUUUCCAGCGUUUUAAAGGUGGGGACCAGAUACACCAGGGAACAGUACAGCAAGACAGUCGCACAGUCGUUCCUGGUGCGGCUGAUGCGUUUGAGCAUGUCCAGCGAUGCGGAGGUGCAGACAGUGCAACACAUCCUGCACACACUGCUCCACCGGCACCACAAUGCUCACUACCUGCCCAAACCUACUGCGACAGGACGUUAAUUUCUGGCGUAAGUCGGGCACGGAGCUCCUGCUGUCGGCUCAGGAGAACUGACUUUGCCAACAAUACCCUGGCAAACCUGGAAGCUGUGUUCACCACCCCCAUGCUGCUGCUGCUGCUGCAGGAGAUUCCGGUCCGAUGAUGUGAUUGUGGAUAUUCUGAGGGUUAUGUUUCAUGUACAGGUGCCAGUGACAGGACUCCCUCCGUGCAUCCCUCCUGCAGCCCCAGGCUUCCUGCAGGACCGGACGCAGCCAGGAGCAGCGUUGCAAUGGAGGGUGCAAGGCCAGGAAACAGCAGCAGCAGCAGCAGCAGCAGCAGCAGCAGCAGUGGCAGCAGGAACAGCCUGGAGCAGCGGGCGACCCUGGGCGUGAGGACCUACACUUGUGACCACUGCGGCAAAGUGUGCUCCACCAAGGCUGCCAUUGCCAGACACGUCCUCUCCCAUGCCAGCAAGACAAGGCUGAGAGGCAGGAGUGGCCCCGCUGAACACACUGCCACCCACACUGGUGGCAGGAACCACAAGUGUGACCUCUGCGGGAAGACAUUUGUCCGGAAGAGUCAUCUUGCCUCACACAUCCUCACCCACACUGGGGAGAGAAAGUUCCAGUGCCUGGAGUGUGGCAAAAGAUUUAUUGAGAAAAGUUCCCUUAAGAAACACAUCCUCACCCACACUGGGGAGAGAAAGUUCCAGUGCCUGGAGUGUGGCAAAAGAUUUAUUGAGAAAAGUUCCCUUAAGAAACACAUCCUCACCCACACUGGGGAGAGAAAGUUCCAGUGCCUGGAGUGUGGCAAAAGAUUUAUCCACAAAAGUUAUCUUAACACACACAUCCUCACCCACACUGGGGAGAGAAAGUUCCAGUGCCUGGAGUGUGGGAAAAGAUUUAUCACCAAAAGUAAUCUUAACAGACACAUCCUCACCCACACUGGGGAGAGAAAGUUCCAGUGCCUGGAGUGUGGCAAAAGAUUUACCCACAAAAGUAAUCUUAACAAACACAUCCUCACCCACACUGGGGAGAGAAAGUUCCAGUGCCUGGAGUGUGGCAAAAGAUUUAUCCAGAAAGGUGAUCUUAACACACACAUCCUCACCCACACUGGGGAGAAAAAGUUCCAGUGCCUGGAGUGUGGCAAAAGAUUUACCCACAAAAGUAAUCUUAACACACACAUCCUCACCCACACUGGGGAGAAAAAGUUCCAGUGCCUGGAGUGUGGCAAAAGAUUUAUCCAGAAAGGUGAUCUUAACACACACAUCCUCACCCACACUGGGGAGAAAAAGUUCCAGUGCCUGGAGUGUGGCAAAAGAUUUACCCACAAAAGUAAUCUUAACACACACAUCCUCACCCACACUGGGGAGAAAAAGUUCCAGUGCCUGGAGUGUGGCAAAAGAUUUAUCCAGAAAGGUGAUCUUAACACACACAUCCUCACCCACACUGGGGAGAAAAAGUUCCAGUGCCUGGAGUGUGGCAAAAGAUUUACCCACAAAAGUAAUCUUAACAAACACAUCCUCACUCACACUGGGGAGAGAAAGUUCCAGUGCCUGGAGUGUGGGAAAAGAUUUACCCAGAAAAGUGAUCUUGACAGACACAUCCUCACCCACACUGGGGAGAGAAAGUUCCAGUGCCUGGAGUGUGGGAAAGGGUUUACCCUCAAGGGUUCCCUUGACAGACACCUCCUCACCCACACUGGGGAGAGAAAGUUCCAGUGCCUGGAGUGUGGCAAAAGAUUUACCCACAAAAGUUAUCUUAACAGACACAUCCUCACCCACACUGGGGAGAGAAAGUUCCAGUGCCUGGAGUGUGGGAAAGGGUUUACCCACAAGGGUUCCCUUGACAGACACCUCCUCACCCACACUGGGGAGAGAAAGUUCCAGUGCCUGGAGUGUGGGAAAGGGUUUACCCAGAAGGGUUCCCUUGACAGACACAUCCUCACCCACACUGGAAAGAAGAAGAGAAAACAGGCAAAAUCAUAGAUGUUGCAGUCCCCGGUGACUCCGGCCUCAGUAGAGCUGAAAGGCACAAAACUACAAAACAUCACGACCUAAAAAGUGACCAAGAACAACAUGGUCACCGACGGACACCGGUGUGACACCAGUGAGAGAAGCUGCAGCAGAGGAUCACCCAUCAAAGAGAAGAAAUCUGGCAGAUAACAAGCUUCCUGCAAGACCAAAACCACACAAGGAACCUCCUCAAGAAAACAGACAGAAUGACAGCAAGGCGCAGCGCAGGCAGCGGCCGGCCGGCCGGGCGGGAGACCGGCAGGGAGGGGCCGAGCCCCGGCCGAAGCCUUGGCACCACAGAUGAGGACAAAGACAAGAAAAUAAAGGCCAGAAAGAUGAAGAGGCAGCUUGCAGAAAAGCCAGGGGUGGUGUGCAGGCACGUGGCAAAGACCUCAACAGAAGUACAAGACCCGCCCGAGGAAGAAGUGGCCGAGGGAUGCUGCAGGCCACUGCUGCUGGAAGACCCCACGCAGCACCAGGCAGCCCCGGGGAUACAGACCACCACGGUUAAACACACAAGUAAACAACAACAAUGCCAGCCGUUCAGCUUACACAGGAAGGUCUGCUGGCCACAAGACUACUGCCACAAACCAGCUGGCAAUACCACCAGUGACUUGUGGGUGUGGUGUGGUGUGGUGUGGUGACUGGCCACAAGACUACUGCCACAAACCAGCUGGCAAUACCACCAGUGACUUGUGGGUGUGGUGUGGUGUGGUGUGGUGACUGGCCACAAGACUACUGCCACAAACCAGCUGGCAAUACCACCAGUGACUUGUGGGUGUGGUGUGGUGUGGUGUGGUGACUGGCCACAAGACUACUGCCACAAACCAGCUGGCAAUACCACCAGUGACUUGUGGGUGUGGUGUGGUGUGGUGUGGUGACUGGCCACAAGACUACUGCCACAAACCAGCUGGCAAUACCACCAGUGACUUGUGGGUGUGGUGUGGUGUGGUGUGGUGACUGGCUCAAAGGUUUAUCCUGAAAUGUGAUCUUGACACACCUGCUCACCCACACUGGGGAAAGGAAGUGCAGCAGGUGUGGUGUUUGUGGCUGUGCUCAUCACUUUUUUCUUUAUUUUUUAGCUUCUUGAUCAAUAAAGUGUUAUCAGCCUUGUA